AUGGUUGACUUUGCGGCAACCCAUCUCCUUAUACUCCGCUCCUCGCCUGACCAUCGCCGCACCCGUGACCUGACGAUGCGACACAUUUCGGGAGCGCGGAAUCCGUCGCGGCUUGUCGAGAAAGACAUGUCAUGUUGUCCCGGCCUUGACGGCGAUGCCAAAUGUGUUCGCCUAGAGGGGAGACCCAUGGAGGACGUCGCGCGAAAGGUCACCACCUGCUCCAGGGUCAUGGACGCGACAUAUUUGUACAUCGAUCUAAACUCGCCGACGGCCGACGUUCCCCGGUUUCAAAUCUCGCUCCCGCACCUGCGGAAAUUGUCGAUCAGGUACCCCUCUGUCGAUCCGGCGAAGCAGGUUCUGUCGUUUAUGGCCCUCAGUUCCCUGGAGGUGCUCGAACUUUGUGAUCGCUGGAGCGUCAUUCUUCCGGAGCGACAAGACUCGUCGCCGCUGCUGUACUACCUGGCUCAGCCAUCAGCCAUCACCCCGAAUCUUUCUGUAGCAUUCUCUUCUCUCAACCACCUCUGCAUGCAGGACAUGCGCUUCUCUGAAGCUUCAUUUUGGGCCUUCUUAUCGCAGUGCACGGGUCUCAAACACCUCUGCUUGAGCGACUGUUCCAUGCCUUACAAUUAUUCCGGAGCAUUUUCUACCCUCCGGCCCGGCUGCCAGCCCUCGCGACCCUGCGGAUUACCUAUCGCAAUACUUCCGAUGCACAAAACCUACUAG